UUCAGGAAACAAACUGGAUGAAAGUCCAGGACUGGGACUUCCUCCUUGGUGUGUUUGACAAGGACUGACGUACUCUAAGCCCUUUGAAUCCCGGAAGUCCAGGACACACCCAACCUUGAUUGCAGCACCCAGAAUGCUAGAGCGUAGGUAAAGGACAAAAGCAAACAGCAUUUCGACAUGAGGGACCCACUGACAAAUUGCUCGUACAAUAAAGUGUACAAGAGCCUGAAGGAGUUUGCUCAAAAUGGAGAGAAUUUCUGCAAGCAGAUCACAUCCGUUCUUCAGCAAAGGGCCAACCUGGAGAUUAGCUAUGCCAAAGGACUUCAGAAACUGGCAGGCAAACUGAGCAAAGCACUACAGGGCUCAAAGAAAAAUUGUCUCAGCAGUGCCUGGGCCUGGGCUUCUGAGGGCAUGAAAUCCGCAGCUGACCUGCAUCAGAAACUUGGCAAAGCAAUUGAGUUGGAAGCAAUAAAGCCAACUAAUCAAGUCCUGAGUGUGCAAGAGAAGAAAAGAAAAUCACUUAAUAAUGAAGUUGAAAAAACAGCAAAUCUUGUUAUUAACAACUGGAAUCAGCAAAUUAAGGCUAAGAAAAAGUUAAUGGUGAGUACCAAGAAGCAUGAAGCACUUUUCCACCUUGUAGAAAGCUCCAAGCAAUCUGUGACUGAGAAGGAGAAGCAGAAGCUUCUCAAUAAACUGAAAAAGUCCACUGAAAAGCUGGAAAAAGAAGAUGAAAAUUACUACCAAAAAAACAUGGCAGGCUAUUCUACUAGACUGAAAUGGGAAACCACACUAGAAAACUGCUACAAGAGCAUCCUGGAGCUGGAGAAGGAAAGAAUUCAACUUUUAUGCAACAACUUAAACCAGUACAGCCAACAUAUUUCUCUUUUUGGCCAAACGCUGACCACAUGCCACACACAGAUCCACUGUGCCAUCAGCAAGGUUGAUGUCGAGAAAGAUAUCCAGGCUCUAGUGGAAGAAAGUGCAAUUUCAUCUACAGAAAACAAAUCCGAGCUCCUACUAACUGACUACUUUGAAGAAGAUCCUAAGAAUGUAAUGGAUAAAGAGAGACGGAAGUCUUUACUAAAACCAAAAUUGUCAAGACUGCAAAGAGACAUUGAGAAAGCCUCAAAAGACAAAGAAGGCCUGGAACAAAUGCUUAAUGCAUUCUCUAGCAACUCCUCCUUCUCUGAUGCCAAGAGCCAGAAAGAUGCAGAGGCGUUAAUGGACGAGACCAAUUUGAAACUAGACCUUUUACAAGCCAACUCCUAUAAACUGUCAUCAGUAUUAGCAGAACUGGAGCAAAGACCUAAACCCAGCCAUCCCUGCGGCACCUGCAUCUUCAAGUGGAAAGAAAAGGAGCAUACUCACACAUAUGUAAAAAUAUCUCGGCCUUUUCUGAUGAAGAGAUUGGAGACUGCUGUGAGCAGAGCCCCUGAUGGGGGACAGAGCAACCCAGUGUCUUCAUCUUCAGCCUCUGGUGUGGUCCAGCUCGGCAACAACCUUUGCAAGGCCUUAUAUCCUUUCCAAGCCAGGCAAGACGAUGAGUUAAAUUUGGAAAAAGGAGACAUUGUGACUAUACAUGAGAAGAAAGAAGAAGGAUGGUGGUUUGGAUCUUUAAAUGGAAAGAAAGGCCAUUUCCCAGCUGCUUAUGUGGAGGAGCUACCUUUGAAGGCUGGGAUCACAGCUGCACAAGCAUAAAACAAGACUCGGAACAUACCAGUGGGCUUUACAUAGUCUGUAAACAAUAUGAUGCAAAUAAAGAGAAAAUACUAUUGUCUUUGCAAGUUUUUCUUAAAGUGGGUGAUAGAAUCCUGCCUGCAGUUAGUUCAUAGUGCCUUGUACUCAAGGCUAUUAGCUUGAAACAAAGUCAAAUAAAAGAUGAGUGGGUACAGUGAG